UUGUCAACUCUGUCUCAUCUUUCUCUCUUUCCUCCACUAUUCGCAAGGGGGGACUCGCGUAGCGCCGAUCCUUCUUUAAAAGCCCUCCCUUUUUUUCUUCCUUCUCUCUCAACUGUCUCUCCGUGUUCGACUCGCGUUUCAGCAGACAAACGAGACAAAUCAACACAACAAGAGGGAGGAAGAAAUAGACUUUCAGAUAGAGAGAGAGAGAGAAAAGGAAAAUCAGAGUUCUCGAGCGAGAUAGACAAGACAAGUGUAGAUUCAUUGUGUUUGAGGUCUUCGAUUGGUUGUUGUUCUUGUGAAUUUCUCGAUCUCAUUGCGAUCUUCUCUUGAUCGCACUUUGAUUACUCGUGGCAAAUCUCUGCUUCGUCGUUCUAUUUUCGAUUCUGUGGUUACAGAGAGGCCUUUCUGGUCUUUGAUUACGGAGAUUUUAAGUAAAUUGAUUUGGUUUUGGGGACGGAAAGUUGUGAAAUUUGACAAGUUUUGGUAAAUUAGAGAGAUUUGUGAUGAAUUAUGUUGACCUUAACAGUUGGUUUAUGAUGUAAUAUGGAACUAAUUGUCACGCGCAAAGGAGAUGUCGCUUUACAUUGGUCGCGAAGCUUCAAAGAAGCUAUGGAAGAGAUUUUGGGCAGAAAUUACAACAGAACUCAAGCUUCUUUUCGAGAAUUGGAAGUAUCUUGUCGCCGGGAUCAUCUGUCAGUACAUCCAUGGGCUUGCUGCUCGAGGAGUUCAUUAUUUUCAUCAGCCCGGACCCAUUCUUCAGGAUGUUGGAUUCUUUCUUCUUCCGGAACUUGGGCAAGACAAAGCUUACAUUAGUGAGACUGUAUUCACCUUCAUCUUUGUAUCAUUCUUCUUGUGGACUUUUCAUCCUUUCAUUUUGAAGAGCAAAAAAAUCUACACAGUUCUAAUUUGGUGCAGGGUUCUGGCAUUUUUAGUUGCUUGUCAAAUUCUUCGGGUCAUAACAUUUUAUUCUACUCAACUUCCUGGCCCAAACUAUCAUUGCCGUGAGGGUUCAAAGCUUGCCACGCUGCCUCCUCCAGGGAGUCUACAUGAAGUGCUACUAAUUAAUUUUCGGGGCGUAUUAUAUGGUUGUGGUGAUUUGAUAUUUUCGUCGCAUAUGAUCUUCUCGCUAGUCUUUGUGCGCACUUAUCAGAAAUAUGGCACACGGAGGUUCAUAAAGCAGUGUGCUUGGUUUACUGUUGUGAUCCAGAGCUUGUUGAUUGUAGCAGCCCGCAAACAUUACACGGUUGAUGUUGUUGUGGCAUGGUACACUGUUAAUUUGGUGGUGUACUUCAUUGACCACAAGUUGCCAGAAUUACCUGACCGCAGUGCGUCAUUUUUGCUACCGCUGAGCAAGGAUGGACGGACAAAAGAAGAGAAUCACAAGCUCUUAAAUGGAAACUCUGGGGAUCCUAUAGAUCGGAGGCUGAGAACUCCAGUAAAUGGUAAAUUUCUCGAAGAAGGCAACACAGUCCAUGUCGAUACAGUGAUGAAUGGGGUGUAGCUUGUUGAUGCUGGUGCUAGGAACGCUUUACCUUCAAUAUCAUCAGAACUCCAGACUUAUAGUUGCCAGUGCCUUUUCACGAAGCCUGGUAAAUCUGAUUUGUAUAUGUUAGUGGAAAUCAAAUUUGGGAUUUUUUUUUUCAAAUUUUUUUUAACCUUCCGGGGUCCUGCUUCUAUGGUUGAUGCUAUUCAUCGUCACUAGUGUCAGCAUGUACCAUGGAAUUUUCGGUGUUUCUAUUGCUUUAAAAGUCAAUUUUCCACCAUACUAAGUAGUGUAUUGUCAUUUUGCUCCGUGAAAUAGUUGUGAAAAAUAGUAGUACAAAAUCCAGAACAAAAUUGUGAAAAAUAAACAAAAUGAAACAGUUUAAUCCUUUUAAGUCCAUGUUUGGGAAUUGAUGGAGAAAAUUUUAAAUUGUAAGGAAAGCAUGAAGAUAUGGAAAGAACAGUGAGAAAGAACAUCAAAAUUGUAGAAAGAGAAUUUCCAAG